GAGAAGGCAAGGAAAGACAGAGACACACACAUCUGAAGGACUACUACACCGCUGGCAAAACUUCGCGGCUACUAGGGGGGAGUCGGGGGUUUGAACCUGGGUCCUUGAGCACUGUAGUGUGUGUGCUCAACAGCGCGGGGUAGUGAAAAGGCCAGAGAUCCACUUUGAGAAGCUCAGGAUUCUCAGACACCAGCAGCCUAGUUGCUCAAGCCGCUUCCUUCCCCGACGCCAGCCCCAGUUCCUCUCCUGCCGGACCCGGGAAGGGCGACGAGCAGCGAGCACCAUGGCCGAGCCCCCGAGGGAAGCGGGGAGGCCCGCGCCGAGCCUGCGAAGAGCCCUGCCGCCCCGCCCCUACAGCCUCGGCAGGUACUGGGGCCCCGCCGCCGCCGCCUCCAAGGAGCCCUCCGUGCAUGGCACGCUGCAGCCCUCUGCGGGGGGGUCCGCGCGCCGGCGGGGGGCGCUGCGGGAGCUGCUGGGGCUGCGGGCUGCGGCCCCCAGGGGGUGGCGAGCGGAGGAGCCGGGCCCGGUGGGGUCGGGCGGCGGGGGGCUAUGCCUGGAGCCCCGGGAGCACGCGUGGAUGCUGGCGGCCGCUGAGGGGCGCUGGGAGGCGCUGCAGGAGCUGCUGGCGGCCGAGCCCGGGCUGGCGCUGCGGGCCGACCCGGUCACCGGCUACACGCUGCUGCACUGGCUGGCCAAGCACGGGCACCACGAGGAGCUCAUCUUGCUGCAGGACUUCGCCAGGCGCCACGAGCUGCCCCUCGACGUCAGCGCCCCGGGCAGCGGCGGCCUCACGGCCCUGCACCUGGCCGCCAUGCAGGGCCACCAGCUGGCCGUCAAGGUGCUGGUGGGCGCUCUGGGGGCCGACCCCACGCGCCGUGACCACAGCGGCCACCGAGCUUGUCACUACCUGCCGCCUGGGGCGCCCUCGAGCCUGCGGGAGCUGUCAGGGGCCGAGGAGUGGGAGGUGGAGGCCGGCGGCCCGCACCGCAACGCCAACAACAACAGCAGCGGCAGCGUGGGGGCCGUCUGGGCGCUGCGACGGACCCCGAGCGGGGCGGUGGUCUACAGGACGCCUCGGGCGGCGGCAGCGACAGCAAACAAGAACAGGCACUCCACAGGCAGCGGGGUGGCGCGCCUUUUCCGCCACCUGUUCCCCUUCUUCCAGAACCGAUCUCCCUGGGUCCUGGGGACCAGGGCACCGCCUGAGUGCUGAAGAACAAGUCUGAGAUGUUGGUGGCGCCAAGUCGUGGAGCUACAAGCAGCCAAGAUGAGACUGAGCUGCCUGCAGUGCUUGGGGUUGCUGGGGAGACAUUGGCUUGCAAGGAUAGGUUCAGAUUGAAAACCACCAGUGGAAGUACCCAGCUGCAAGCAAUAGCCAAGCAUUUCCGGAAUUUACCCCCAAAGACUCACAGUUGCCUUCUUUAGCACAUUAAAAUGGACUGUGCUUUCCUUCCACAUAACAAGACUGUCCUUUGAGUCACUGUCUGUUUGGGGGUUGCUUUUCCCUAUUAACCACCAAGGGGGUGGUUCUAAGUCUGCAGGGACACAGUCACUGCCAGCUAGUGACCCCAGGCAGGCUGCACUGAAGGUCCCCAGGGAAUGUAACCUGGUUUCCCUCUUUCCCGGGCUCUGUGGCAUCUAGGUCUGGCCUCCUUGCAGCUCUCCCCUUCCCUCCACCAGUGGACAUAGGCAUGAGGAGAUGGCAUCUCCCAGUGUACAGGGAACCAGAGCAGAACUCUAGCACAUGCAGUGCUGGGGAUCAAACAUGAGACCUCAUGCUUGAAAGGCCAGUGCUUUACUCACUGCACCGCCUCCCAGGCCACACAGCAUUACUUUUCGUUGUUGUUGUUGCUUCUUUCCCCAGCGCACUGCUCAGCUCUGGCAUAUGGUGGUGCUGGGGAUUGAACCCAGGGACUUUGGUGCCUCAGGUAUGAAAAUCUUUUUGCAGAACCAUUAUGCUAUCUCCCCAGUCUGCAUUGCAUUUAUUUAUUUAUUAGAAAUCUUUCAUUUUAUUUAUUUUUCAUUAUUGGGGGGAUUAAUGGUUUACUGUGAACAGUAAAAUACAGUAGUUUGUACAUCUGUUUUCUACAUAACAAUUCAAGCCCCUCUAGGUCCUCCUCUGCCAGGUCUGUUCCAGGACCUAAACCCUCCCCACCACCCCAGAGUUCUUUACUUUGGUGCAAUACACCAAACCUGGUCCAAGUUCUGCUUUGUGUUUUCUUAUUUUUCAACUUCUUUGUAUGACUAUUACUAGUGAUUUAAUAAUGACUGACAAGAUCGUGGGAUAAGAGGGGUACAAUUCAUACAAUUCCCACCACCAGAGUUCCAUAUCCCAUCCAUCCCCUCCAUUAGAAGCCUCCCCAUUCUUUAGCCUUCUGGGAGUAUGGACCAAAGAUUUUUAUGAGGUGUAGAAGGUGGGAGGUCUGGCUUCUAUAAUUGCUUCUCUGCCGGACAUGGGCAUUGACAGGUUGAUCCAUACCCAUCUCUACCUAUCCCUAGUGGGGUAGGGCUCUGGGGAAAUGGGGUUCCAGGACACAUUGGUGAGUUCAUCUGCCCAGGGAAGCCAGGUUGUUGUCAUGGUAGUAUUUUUUCAACUCUGUCUAUGAGUGAAAUUGUCAUUCUUUCUUUUACUUGAUAGGACAGAGAGAAAUUGAGAAAGCAGGGGAAGAUACAAAGGGAGAGGCAAAGACAUCUACAGCCCUGCUUCACCACUCAUGAAGCCUCCCCCUCUGCAGGUGGGGACCAGGGGCUUGAACCUGGGUUCUUAUACAUGGUAAUGUGUGUUCUCAAC